AUGACUAGCGCACUAGAUUGUCAUUUAUGUUUAGCUAAUUAUAAUUUAUCUUCAUUAAAUUAUCAAAAAUGUUCAUUUAUAUCAUCACAUCAUGCUACAAUCUUCUAUGAUGAUUGGACACAACAUUAUGAAUUAAUUAAUUAUAGUGAAUAUGGUACAUGUGUAGAUGGUAUUAUAUAUGGGAAUGAUAUAGAUAGAAAAUUAAUUUAUAUUCCAGAAUCUUCCGAUCUUGUUCAUCGAGUUCGUAAUCUAAUAAAAACUGCUCCUAAAGAAUUAUCAUCAAAUUAUGAAACAUCAUCGGUUAUUUCGGAAUUGUGUGCUUCACCGCCUAAACGUCUAAUGAAAAUGUUAAGUAAACGACAUGAAGAUUUAUCACAUAUGACAUCUAUAUGUGAUUGUACAAGUUUACAUUUUACUCAAAAUGAUAAAACAGAUUCAUUCAAUUUAAUCAUUGGUUGGGAAGGGUCGGCUAUUUUAAGACAUGGCUCAAUUAUACAAUUUGGUUGUUAUAAAUUCAUUUUUAGUUUAGUAAAUCAUUCUUUACCUUCCUAUCCAUCAUCAUCAUCAACUUCAUCAUCAUCCUCAACUUCAACAUGGAUGACAAUGAAUAAUAGUUCAACACAAUCUCCUCAUGAAUCACCAGUAUUACUUACAGAUUCUUUAUCAGUAGUAACAAAAGAUUUUUUUAAAAUUAUCUAAAAAUAACAACUUACUUGUUCAUCAAUUUUGUUU